GGUGACGUCGAGGGUUCUGCGCACUCGUUAUGGACACGUGUGUGUGUAGGCUUUAAGGGAGGACAAUAGGGCGAGGCAUUUUGGAUAUACGUGUACCCACGGUGACAGGGACAACUCAAACGAUCCUCACGCUACGGACGUUGUCAAUGGCAGCGUAGAAUAGGACACAAAGACGACAAAAGAUAUCGAGUUGUUAAAGGGCAACAAGGAUGCCAGUAGCAGUACAGGCUAAAGGGAUAUAUGGAGGUUUCCAGUAGAGAAGUUGAAGCACAGCACAGCAGGAAGAGAGAAAGGUCGAUGCAUAAGGCGAGGGCUGGAAUCAAGGAUGAUAGAAGACAUUUACAGCAUAGACGACGCAUUGAGGUGCAUAUAGCAGUGUGGGGAGAAGAUAAAGCGCCCAGGGAAGCGCUCAUGUCCGAAAAUGAGAGAUAGAUUGACAGCAUUUGCUGGAAUUGAUGGUGAGCGCGACGAUAAAUGAUUCGAGUGAGGAUAAUUUGGGCGAUGAUUCGAAUGCAGCCCGUCGUAAGUGGAUACGGACCCGAGAUGGGCAGGAAGUGUUGUGUGUGGUGAGACCGCAGUGGGCACGACAGCAAAGAGAGCUGCGGACGUGGAACACGUGAGAGGAAGAGCGAUCCUUGGGAGAGAAAGACAUGAGGCGGGCUGGACUUGGACGCGACAACAUGACGGCACUCCCUC